AUGCGGAUCGCUGUUACUGCUGCCACUGGAAACACCGGCGUAGCGCUUGUGCAGGCGCUGUCCCAGGCUGGCCACCAAGUCGCAGCCAUCACCAGAGACCCACUCGGCAAGGCCGCCCAAGAACUAGCGGCGCUCCCUGGCGUGGAAGCCUUGACACUAGAGGACGCCUUCAACAAGCCCGUUGACAGCGACAUCUUCUACGCCCGCUCACAUCUGGCGGUGGAGCACUUCCUCGAACAAGGCGACAUUCCGUUCACGAGCCUCCGGCCGAACCUCUUCCACAAUAACGUGGUUGGCCUUGACUUGGCCUCGGUGGCAAAAACGCACCAGUUCAGGACCAUGGCUCAUGGCGCCUCGGUGGCUUCAAUCGACCCCGCUGACGUGGGGAGGGCUGCGGCCGCACUCUUGUCCUUGGACGACCCUUCGCCCCACUACGGCCAGAAGUACACGCUGACCGGACCUGAGAAUAUCAACGAUCAAAGCGUUGGUGAAGUGCUCCAGGAGGUGCUGCAAACAGACGUCAAGUUCGCAGGCGGCGUCAGGGACGACGAGUUCCCGGCCCUUUUUCUGGCGGCCCUCGCCAAGCUGAAACAGGGCAAAGGCGAUCUGGCACACACAGCCACCUCUCCGGAAAUUCUGGCUCUCGCCCCACCCAGAAGCACUUUCAAAGACUAUGUCACCCAUUACUUUGCUAAGCGCGUGUAA